UUGCGCUUUAGUUUGCGUCACUUCCGGGGCUCCCUCCUUUCUGCCUCCAUCGCCUAUUGCGCGAGCCGCGUGUUUACACACUCCCAGAUGAAGGAGUCGAUAAUGAACCAGGAGAAGCUUUCCAAACUGCAGGCGCAGGUCCGCAUAGGCGGCAAGGGGUCAGCCCGGAGGAAGAAGAAGGUGGUGCACAGAACAGCUACAGCAGAUGAUAAGAAGCUGCAGUUUUCGCUGAAGAAACUAGGGGUCAACAACAUCUCUGGUAUUGAGGAGGUGAAUAUGUUCACAAACCAGGGGACGGUGAUCCACUUCAACAACCCAAAGGUUCAGGCCUCCUUGGCUGCCAACACGUUCACAAUCACAGGACACGCUGAGAACAAACAGCUGACUGAGAUGCUUCCGGGAAUCCUCAACCAGAUGGGAGCUGAUAGUCUCACCAGCCUCAGGAGACUAGCAGAGACCCUUCCCAAACCAGCUGGAGAGAACAAAGCCCCCAUGGUUGCUGUCGAAGAGGAAGACGACGAGGUUCCCGAUCUUGUGGAGAACUUUGAUGAAGCGUCAAAGAACGAGGCGAACUAAGCAACAUCAGAACAUCUGAAUGUCACCACAAUAUUCGUGGCAUCUGCUAUUUUUGGUUACAAACAGAACCUGUUUUUUUUUUUAAAUGUAACAGGUUGGAAUAAGAAAAUUGACUUUUUACAGAAAAUGUUAUUAUAUAGUUAAAGAUAACUGAAUUCAGUAGAAAGUGCACACGCUUCUCUUUCUCAAGCUGCCUUCCUUGUGUACCCACGCAGCAAAACGUGUUGGUGAAAUAAAUUGCAAAAUAAAGAUUCAAUUUCUUUUAUGUA